AUGGCGUCUUCUUCAGUACUUGUCACCACCGGCGCCUGUGGACUCAUGAUGAAAUCCUUCCCCUCCAACCGCUUCCCAACGACUCUGUUCGCUGGUUUCCCUUCUCCAUUGAUGACCACAGAUUCGGACUCGGACUCUGACGAUUCCGAAGCUCCCAUCCCAAAAGAUUGUACGUUGAAGAAUCCAUUCCUAGCAAGAGGAAGGAUCUUCCCUUUUGUUGCGAAAGAGAGAGAGGACUCGUAUCUGGCAAAGGUUGAUUUGCCAGGUCUCUCGAAAGAAGAUCUGAAGGUGUGGGUUGAAAACCAUCGUCUGUAUUUCAAAGGAGAUGAAGAAACAAACGGUGAUGAAGCAGAAUUUGGUAAUGAUGAAGAGGACGAUAACUUUGAUGGUGGCCCGAGGAGUUACUUGGGUUCUGUGGAUCUUGCUGAGGGAAGUUACGCGGUGGAUCAGAUCAAAGCCGAGCUCAAAAAUGGCGUUCUGAAGCUGGUCGUCCCCAAGCUCAAGCUCCAAAACAGGAGCGAUGUUUUCCUCGUCAAUGUCGAUUGA